AUGAUACGACGAUUGAAGCAGGGUCACGCCGAACUUAAGGACCACAUCAACGAGGUCGCCUUUACCAUCGGCACUCUGCCGACACCUUCCACCGACGAACAGAACCAGGGCCAAGCAAAGCUUGAAAAAGCCUCGAGGAGCGCUUCGCUGAGAUGGAGGAGAGAGUGCAGGGACUUGAGCACACUCGAGGCGAUGCUGGAGGAACGCAAGGUUGCCGGUGAGCAGGCUCCCAUGGAGAAUCCCGCCGAGGAGGACCAGCGAUAG